AUGGAAGAGCGCCAGGGGGUGACCCACCACGUCAUGGACCAUGUUGACUGGACCGACACCUACGACAUGCAGCGGUUUGCCCGCGAGGCCCAAACGGCGAUCGACGACAUUCUUCGUCGGGGGAAAGUGCCGAUCAUCAUUGGCGGCACCCACUAUUAUCUUCAGAAUCUUCUAUUCCACAAUAAGACGGUGGGGGCGGAGGUGAAGCGCACGCGACCGAUUACCGAAGCCGAGCGGGCGAUUCUCGAUGGUCCUGGCGACCAGUUGUGGCCGGCGCUUCAACAGGUGGACCCGGUGAUUGCCGAGAAGUUCCACCCUCAGGAUCACCGUAAAUUACGUCGUGCUCUUGAGAUAUACUACGAGACGGGGGCGGCGCCCAGUCAAUUGUACCGCGACCAGAAGCUUGAGGAGCUCGAGCAGUCGUCGCUUAAAUUCAACCUGCUUCUCUUUUGGGUGUACAGCGACCGUGAGGUGCUUGUGCCGCGUCUAGAUGCCCGCGUCGAUAAGAUGAUGGCGCUGGGGGCCCGCGAUGAGAUUCGAGAGAUGUACCAGGUAUACCAACAGAGUGGCGCUAGUGAUUGUACGCUGGGGGUGUGGCAAGUAAUUGGGUUUAAGGAGUUUCUCCCGUGGCUCGAAAGUGGUGAAGCCAGCGGUGACGCUUGGGCCGAGGGCAUCGAGCGGAUGAAGCUGCGCACGCGUCAGUAUGCCAAGUACCAAGUGAAGUGGAUCAAGCGGUUGCUAGGAGUAGAGCUACAGAAAGAGGCGCGUUUCAAUUGGGUCAAUGGCGGCAAAAUGUACCUUCUCGACGCCACCGACUUGAGCCAGUGGUCGACCCGAGUUCGGGAUCGCGGGGUGGCGAUUGCGUCGGAGUUCAUUGCCCGAUCGCCCAUCACCGAGCCCCAGGCGCCGCCGCACCUUGAGCACAUACUACCGCUGGAAGAGUACCUUGCCACCAUCACGCUGGGGAAGACAUUGGAAGGUGCUCGCCAGUGGAAGCACUUCCAAUGUGACAUAUGCAAGGAUAGCCACGGCAACCCGUUAGUCAGUGUCGGCGAGGAGCAGCACCGGCUCCACAUGAAGAGCCGUCGCCACCGGCUGACAAAGCAUAAGCUUGAAAAACAGCGCUUGGGCCAGCGGCCGUACGCCGCACCCAAGAGAACCAACUCUAAAUUACUCACCGACGACGAUGACGUCAACGAAACUUAG